AUGAAAGUCCAAGAGGCUGUCCUUCCUGGAAACCAGGAUGGCAGCGAUAAUUUUGAUAUAAAUAGCAGUGAAAAAGCACUACUUUUAUUCUCCAACCCAAUCUCAAAGAAUCCAGGUAAAGAGGGAAUUGAUAUCCAUAUUUCUUUGAGUGAAAGGGCUAAAUUAUGGGCAAAGAAAACACAGAUAGCGGACCUGCCCUGUUAAGCAGAAAAGAGAGAAGAAAAACUUGAAUUGAAAUUAUUGAGAACAAAUGUUUUAAAUUAGAGUUUUCUAAAAAUGUAUCACUUUCUUUGCAGGUAUCUCAUCACUGAAGAUCAUCAGAAUGUUCGUUAAGGUUCUUGCCCUUGCGCUUGUUCUUUGCGCCUUUGCAGGUCAGUAUGGGGAGAAGAAUUUCGGGGUCUGAGAAUUGUGUGUGUGUGUGUGUGUGUGACAGAUGGAAAGAGUAAGAAGACAAAUGUAAUAAAAAUAUCCAACCUGUCGAAGAGUGUGUGGGAUGAACAAGAAAUGGUUAGAUGACCUAUGAGAUGGUGGGAGAUGGAGAGUUUGAUACAUGGAGGAAGAGAAGAAAGUAAAUUUUAGCAAGUGGAAAUAAUCUAAUAAAAAAACAGAGGUAGACGAAUAUGUAUGGAUUUUUCAAUUACUUUUUGUGAAACAAAAAUAACUGUUGUAAAAUCAGAUCAGAGAGAAUACAUUUGGUAGUUUGUAUUCCACUAAUGGUAGUUUUUCCCCCUCAUCUUAGGCUCUAAGGCUGAGAUCCAAAGUGAACAAGUGGUCAAUGCUUUCUGGGACUACGUCUCCAAACUGACCAAAGAUACCAAAGAUGCCGUGGACCAGAUUCAGCAAUCUGAGAUCAGUCAACAGCUCAAGUAAGUAAGAAUGAAUUAAGAGCUGCUUUAUAUAUAGUCUGAAAGAAAAGCAAGAUGGAUGGCCCCAAGAGUCCAAUAGGGACUCGGUCAACUUAACGUUUAAAAUUUGUGUUAUCUAUAAACACAUUUCGAUUUCACCAUAGUACCUUAAGAAAAUGAAUAAUUCCAUUCAAUAUUGUUAAAACCAAUAAAUUUUUUGUAUACAUUUUGGUGUAGAACAUUGUUUCCUGUUCCAUAAUCAUGUUUAAAGGGGCACACAGCGCACCAUAACCCUUACAGUGUAAUGAAGUGGUUACGAGCAAAGAGCCUUCAAGUGCCAUUUAUGUCAAGCCAGUCUUGUCUUGCCUAGUACCCAAAGACCAACCACUCUGCUGCCACUGAGAGCAUAUGAAGGGUCCAGUAUUCUACAAAACCAUUCAACCAUGAAUACAAUGAUAGACUGCAUAUACUCUGUCCAGUAGCAGAAUAAUUUGAUUUUGGGUUCUGGCACAAUCAUAUUGUUUUUUUCUCAAACUACUCACACAGUUUGUCAAAAAAAGUAGUCAUUGGCACCCAAAACCUCUCUGCACUAUAACCUCUGCAAUGAUGCUGCAGUGGUUGUGGUACUUAGCAUGCCCGUCAGGUUAGAAUAUAGCAAUUGUAAGAUGUUUUUUCUCGUGAUCAUAAUGUUACUCACAAUCUCAAUACUAUUCCUGGACAGGGUUUUUGGCCCACAUUUUGCAAUUAAAGUUUACAAUGUUUAGUUAAUUAACCCCUCACAGCUGUUUGUCAGUGGAUUUUCCUAUUUGCGUUUUGUAAGUUUCCUAAUUGAAAAAGCUUGAUCCACUCUGCGUUAUUCUGGUACUACUUAUAUUAUUAUCUCAUAUAACCCACCUGUAUAUUUAAAUUAAUAUGCGACCAUUUUUUCAUGGCCCACUUAUUUGAUUUUGAUUUGAGCGUGUAUAUUAAAAAUCAUGUAUGUUAUCUGCAGGAUCACAAUGAUACAUUAACACAAAUCCACAGUUUUUAGCAAGGAGGAAACAACAUUGGUUAUCCAAUUAAUAGGCAGGAAAGCAGUGAGCCAAAAUAUAAUCUAAGCAAAUAUUGUCAAGUCCAAACAUUAAAAUAGAGUACAUCAAAAAAGAAAAUUUCAAAAAAAUGUAAAACUGUUGAGUGUAUCUAAGGUACUAUAUAUACUAUAUAUCCAUGUUCUGGUGUAAUGAAACAUUUUCAGAACAUACAACCAUUCCAGACACUCUUGUCACAUUUUAACCUUUUUAAUCUUAAAUUCUCAAUUUAUAUUUAUUUGUAUAUUUAUAUAUUUUUAUCAAGUCUAGAUUUAUACUUUUCCACACCCUUGUAAACUGUUACAUAAUUCCAUAUUUCUGAUACUGCAAUUUGUUUGUGAUUAUUUUCUCUGUCCAUCAGUUUACCUUUCUAUACUUUUCUUCACAGUUCUCUCAUCCAGGACAACCUGAAGACAGUGAAUCUUUAUGCUGAAGAAAUGCCAGACCAACUCAUCCCUCUAGCCAAACAGAUUCAUGAUCAACUAACUCAGAAUUCAGAAAAACUUCGGGAGCAGAUCAGACAGGAACUUGAGCAAUUAAAGAGCAGGUUCUCUCCAUAUUCAGAUGAGGUCCACAAUCAGCUGAAAAUAAAUUUAGAACAGUUGCAACUAAAGCUUACUCCAUAUGCUGAGGAACUUCAGGCACAGAUUGAGAAGAAUACCCAGGUGGUCAGUGAGCAACUGAAGUUGGUGGCCAAGGAAUUAGAUGCUAAGAUAAGAGAAAAUGCAGACAAUGUCCAAGUGUCUUUGGCCCCAUUUGCCCAGAAACUCCAGGACAAAAUAGAUGAAAGUGUAGAGCAGAUGCAAAAACAGGUUGUCCCCUACACUGAGGAGCUACGAGAAGAAUUAAGGCAGCAAUCAGAAGAAUUGCGCCAGAAGCUGAGUCCCUAUGCAGAUGACAUGCAAGAUAAUCUGAACAAGUAUAUCGAAAACAUGGAUUUCCAAAUGAAGAAAAGCGUGGACCAGAUAGAAGCCAAGAUGUCGGAGCUCACAACAAACUUGAAAAAGCAGUUAGACCCCUACGCUGAUGAGUUGAGAGAUAAACUCAAUGAGAAUUUGAAGGAUGCCACACAGGCUUUGGAGCCUUAUUUGUCCAAAAUGAGUGAAAGCAUGGACCAGAAAAUCUCAGAAUUUAAAGACAUGAUGACCCCAUAUGGAGAAGAACUCAAUAAGGCCCUUUUGCAAAGGGUGGAAGAUAUGAACCAGAAACUUGGGCACUACACAGUGAGUGUGAAGGAUCAGCUAGAGUACCUGGAGAAAGAUGUCCGGGACAAGAUCAAUGACUUCAUCAGCAGAGAUGUUCAUACAGAAGAGUAAAUCAAAUGUCACUACACUGUAACAACAAGCUGCUACUUAAUAUACAAAUGGCACCCCAUUCCAUUCUAACUAGAAUGGCACCCAAAUACACAAAUAACAUUUCCACCUGGUACAAGGAUAUUAAUUAGAUAAAUAAUUAGAUAAAUCUUUACAAAGAACAAGAAGCACUUUUUACUUUAUGCAACUAUAGCCGAACAUUGUGCAUGUCUUGUUGUCCCAUAUGGUGUAAUACUAUAUAACCACCGACAUAUGAAUGUCCUUUUAUCUCACAGUUUUACAUGAAUACUAGUUUCUCUCUGAAUUCACUUUUUGACCUGGCUUUGAAUAGAACGCAUCUAGGCAGAAUAACAUGAAGUUAUUUUUCUUAUGUUUUAUCCACUAAUUCCUUGCCAAGUGUUAAAUAUUGUGUGUGCGAUUUUUUUGGUGCUUUGCAAUAAACCUGCAAUAAACAGCAACUCAGCAAUGCA